AUGGGUGCGUUGUCGACAGAGUGGGCGAAAGCUGCCCAAAACGGAGACCAUGUUAUGGGAUCGCCAUUCAAUACGGGCAAUUGUAGUUUGGAGCGUAUGAUUGCAUCGGUCGAUUCAGAGGAGGUAGUCGUUGAGGUACGUCCUCGCCGCGUCUCAGGAUCAUUCGAUGAUGGACACGUUUUUCAAUAUCACUUGAAGUCACACUUCAGGUGCGAAGACGAUAGAAAUUAUAUUUUAUUAACAAUAAGACGAGGUGGAUCACACACAGUAACAAUUGAUAAAGGUAAUUGA